AAUAUUGACCAUCCCUAUCAGGCAUCAAAACACGUCUUUCGUCCACUGCACUGGGCUUCUUGUAGUACUCAUGAUUGAGUCUUUUCGAAAACGAGUAAAUGGUGUGGCCACGCUGCUAGAUGUGCACAACGCGCAAAUGCUAGGAGGAAUCUACAGUGCUUAGAUUAGUCCUGUGCGGGAAGAGGGGCUUAGAUCGAUGGCUGAUCCGGUGGCCGGCGUGGAGAAGAUCGUCAAGAUCGGGCUCAAGAUCAAGGAGGCCGUGGACACGGUUCGCCACAACGAGGAGGAGUGCCGCGAGAUCAGGAAGCGGGUGCUCAGAUUCAGCGCCAUCCUGUCGCAGCUGCAGCAAACAGGUUUGAUGAACGAUAGCCCGGCGCUGAGCGGCGCGCUGGAGGAUCUGGAGGAGAGCCUCCAGCACGCCCUCGAGCUCGUCACUGCCUGCCAGGAGAGGAGCACCAUCCGCCGCCUCAUCAAAGCAGGGGACCUGUCCAAGCAGCUGCACCGGGUAAAGGAUGACAUCUUGAACAAGGUGAUGCUGGCGUCCUUCGCCGUCAACACCCAGGCCACCAUCGUGUUGCUUACUAUUCAAGCUGCUGGUGGUCAUCCUCCACCCAGGCAGCCAGAGGAUGCAGGAGUGGUCGAUUCAACUGAUGAUGCUAGAACUGAAUUGAAUGAUGUGGAAAACAGCGUAAUAGCUGGAAGUGAGGUGCCAUUGGCUCCCUUAUCAGUUGCCAUAAGGGAGUUCAGGUGGUCUGAGUUGAUGGCUGCUACAAAUAGCUUUUCAUAUGGGAACACCAUUGCCCGAGGUGGCUCUUUCGUUAUCUAUAAGGGUGUACUAAAAGGUGGAAACAUUGUCGCCAUAAAGAGAUGUCAUAAAACAAUAGACGAUUAUAACGUGUGGUUACAAGACGAAUAUUAUGAUCUACUUCCUGUUGUUUCAAAGCUUCAGCAUGAAAAUAUAGUGAAAUUUGUUGGAUAUUGCGAGGUGUUGGAACAACCUAUAGAAACGGAAUUCCUAUGGGUGGAAGAAUAUGUGGCGAAUGGAAGCUUACAGGAUAUCAUACAUGAUUCCCGAAUUCAUUGGUCUUCCCUCUUCCAGAUAAUUCAAGGAAUAGCCCAGGGUCUGCAUUACCUGCAUGAGCAGCGUGUUGUCCAUAUGGAUGUGAAGCCACUCAACAUCCUCCUGGAUUCUGAUAUGAAUCCUAAGAUUACUGACUUUGAAUUAUGUAUAGUUCUGCCUGAUAAUGAGAUCAUCAUUCAUGAUUCCAUAAAGGGAACAAUGGGAUAUGCAGCUCCGGAAUAUAUCGAAGCUGGUAUUUUAUCUACAAAGAAUGAUGUUUAUGCUUUUGGCAUCACCCUUCUUGAGACUGUUAGCAGUAUGUGCAGAUCUAAACCACCGCAAGGCCUACAUCGACGGGAUAGGGAGGCUUGGAAAGCUGAACUAAUGAAGGAGGAGUUUGAUCCGGCACUGUUUGAAGCGUCGGAUCUGGAGCAGAUACGAAGGUGCAUCCAGAUAGGACUUGUGUGCGCUCAGCUUGAUAGGGCACGCCGCCCCAACAUGGACCAAGUUCUUGAGAUGCUAAAUGGCAACAAAAAAUUGCCGAACACAAAAUGGCGCCUGCUGGCGUGGUUUUAACAUUUGACACCUAUAUGUCUUCCCUAGCUUGUAUGGCACUGUAUGACACUGGGCUCUGGGCAGCAGUAUCAUGUAUUCAUGCAUGUAUCUCUGCGUGACUGUGUGUUUGAUGGAUAUAAAAGGACUACAUGGAUCAAACACUAGACUGUAGUCUGUACUUUAGAGUGCAGACGUUUAGCAUUUAAUCAUCAGCUUGAUGUGACAUACGAUUCAGUUCUCAAAUGUGUAAGCAAUGAUUCUGACUGCAGUCUACAGCUCUGGAAAGGAAUUGCAGAGAUUUAGAAUUAAAGAGGAACUGUACGGAUUUGAUGAAUUUGAUAUUCAAGUGCUACAUCUGUGGGUAUUCCCAAUAGCAGGGCAAAAAAGACAUGAACACUUGUCUGACA